AUGUUGCCGAAUACGGUCGAAUACGAGUCGAGGGGGCAGCCGGGGGUGACCGGAGCACCUCAGAGAGAGCAGCAGCCAGGGGGGCAGCCGGGGGUGGCCGGAGCACCUCAGAGAGAGCAGCAGCCAGGGGGGCAGCCGGGGGUGACAGGAGCACCCCAGAGAACACAGCAGCCAGGGGGGCAGCCGGGAGUGACCGGAGCACCCCAGAGAGAGCAGCAGCCGGGGGUGACCGGAGCACCCCAGAGAGAGCAGCAGCCAGGGGGGCAGUCGAUAGACGACCGGGAGCAGCAGUUGGAGGAGUGGUGCCGAAUUUCGGAGUUUGAUACCCCCAUGGCGACUGCGGAGGAGUCAGAGGCGGGCGGAGAACCUCCCAGGCCGCCUUCCCCAUGCCCCCGUUUUCCGUGUGACACGUGUUUUCACAUGUUUGCUACGCGAGGGGCUGCUGCGAACCACAUGAGGGUAUGCCGGGCGGCUGAGGCGGAGAGGCGCGCGCAGGCACUUGGCUCGAUACCGUCUCUGGUGGAGACCGACACGCAGGAGCGACCGACGCCGCGGGAAUUUGGGGACGAGGCGUGGGCCGGGGUUACGUCAUGGGAAUGGGAAGCAUUUUUCAGUGUGGAGGCGGUUGGAGGGAGGACACCGGGGGUGACCGGACCACCCCAAAGAGUGCUACAGCCAGGGGGGCAGCUGGGGGUGACCGGAGCACCCCAGGGAGUGCUACAGCCAGGGGGGCAGCCGUGGGUGACCGGAGCAUCCCAGGGAGUGCUACAGCCAGGGGGGCAGCCGGGGGUGACCGGAACACCCCAGGGAGUGCUACAGCCAGGGGGGCAGCCGGGGGUGACCGGAGCACCCCAGGGAGUGCUACAGCCAGGGGGGCAGCCGGUGGUGACCGGAGCAUCCCAGGGAGAGCAGCAACCAGGGGGGCAGCCGGGGGUGACCGGAGCGCCGCAGGGAGAGCAGCAGCCAGGGGGGCAGCCGGGGGUGGCCGGAGCACCUCAGAGAGAGCAGCAGCCAGGGGGGCAGCCGGGGGUGACAGGAGCACCCCAGAGAACACAGCAGCCAGGGGGGCAGCCGGGAGUGACCGGAGCACCCCAGAGAGAGCAGCAGCCGGGGGUGACCGGAGCACCCCAGAGAGAGCAGCAGCCAGGGGGGCAGUCGAUAGACGACCGGGAGCAGCAGUUGGAGGAGUGGUGCCGAAUUUCGGAGUUUGAUACCCCCAUGGCGACUGCGGAGGAGUCAGAGGCGGGCGGAGAACCUCCCAGGCCGCCUUCCCCAUGCCCCCGUUUUCCGUGUGACACGUGUUUUCACAUGUUUGCUACGCGAGGGGCUGCUGCGAACCACAUGAGGGUAUGCCGGGCGGCUGAGGCGGAGAGGCGCGCGCAGGCACUUGGCUCGAUACCGUCUCUGGUGGAGACCGACACGCAGGAGCGACCGACGCCGCGGGAAUUUGGGGACGAGGCGUGGGCCGGGGUUACGUCAUGGGAAUGGGAAGCAUUUUUCAGUGUGGAGGCGGUUGGAGGGAGGACACCGGGGGUGACCGGACCACCCCAAAGAGUGCUACAGCUAGGGGGGCAGCUGGGGGUGACCGGAGCACCCCAGGGAGUGCUACAGCCAGGGGGGCAGCCGUGGGUGACCGGAGCAUCCCAGGGAGUGCUACAGCCAGGGGGGCAGCCGGGGGUGACCGGAGCACCCCAGGGAGUGCUACAGCCAGGGGGGCAGCCGGGGGUGACCGGAGCACCCCAGGGAGUGCUACAGCCAGGGGGGCAGCCGGUGGUGACCGGAGCAUCCCAGGGAGAGCAGCAACCAGGGGGGCAGCCGGGGGUGACCGGAGCGCCGCAGGGAGAGCAGCAGCCAGGGGGGCAGCCGGGGGUGGCCGGAGCACCUCAGAGAGAGCAGCAGCCAGGGGGGCAGCCGGGGGUGACAGGAGCACCCCAGAGAACACAGCAGCCAGGGGGGCAGCCGGGAGUGACCGGAGCACCCCAGAGAGAGCAGCAGCCGGGGGUGACCGGAGCACCCCAGAGAGAGCAGCAGCCAGGGGGGCAGUCGAUAGACGACCGGGAGCAGCAGUUGGAGGAGUGGUGCCGAAUUUCGGAGUUUGAUACCCCCAUGGCGACUGCGGAGGAGUCAGAGGCGGGCGGAGAACCUCCCAGGCCGCCUUCCCCAUGCCCCCGUUUUCCGUGUGACACGUGUUUUCACAUGUUUGCUACGCGAGGGGCUGCUGCGAACCACAUGAGGGUAUGCCGGGCGGCUGAGGCGGAGAGGCGCGCGCAGGCACUUGGCUCGAUACCGUCUCUGGUGGAGACCGACACGCAGGAGCGACCGACGCCGCGGGAAUUUGGGGACGAGGCGUGGGCCGGGGUUACGUCAUGGGAAUGGGAAGCAUUUUUCAGUGUGGAGGCGGUUGGAGGGAGGACACCGGGGGUGACCGGACCACCCCAAAGAGUGCUACAGCCAGGGGGGCAGCUGGGGGUGACCGGAGCACCCCAGGGAGUGCUACAGCCAGGGGGGCAGCCGUGGGUGACCGGAGCAUCCCAGGGAGUGCUACAGCCAGGGGGGCAGCCGGGGGUGACCGGAACACCCCAGGGAGUGCUACAGCCAGGGGGGCAGCCGGGGGUGACCGGAGCACCCCAGGGAGUGCUACAGCCAGGGGGGCAGCCGGUGGUGACCGGAGCAUCCCAGGGAGAGCAGCAACCAGGGGGGCAGCCGGGGGUGACCGGAGCGCCGCAGGGAGAGCAGCAGCCAGGGGGGCAGCCGGGGGUGGCCGGAGCACCUCAGAGAGAGCAGCAGCCAGGGGGGCAGCCGGGGGUGACAGGAGCACCCCAGAGAACACAGCAGCCAGGGGGGCAGCCGGGAGUGACCGGAGCACCCCAGAGAGAGCAGCAGCCGGGGGUGACCGGAGCACCCCAGAGAGAGCAGCAGCCAGGGGGGCAGUCGAUAGACGACCGGGAGCAGCAGUUGGAGGAGUGGUGCCGAAUUUCGGAGUUUGAUACCCCCAUGGCGACUGCGGAGGAGUCAGAGGCGGGCGGAGAACCUCCCAGGCCGCCUUCCCCAUGCCCCCGUUUUCCGUGUGACACGUGUUUUCACAUGUUUGCUACGCGAGGGGCUGCUGCGAACCACAUGAGGGUAUGCCGGGCGGCUGAGGCGGAGAGGCGCGCGCAGGCACUUGGCUCGAUACCGUCUCUGGUGGAGACCGACACGCAGGAGCGACCGACGCCGCGGGAAUUUGGGGACGAGGCGUGGGCCGGGGUUACGUCAUGGGAAUGGGAAGCAUUUUUCAGUGUGGAGGCGGUUGGAGGGAGGACACCGGGGGUGACCGGACCACCCCAAAGAGUGCUACAGCCAGGGGGGCAGCUGGGGGUGACCGGAGCACCCCAGGGAGUGCUACAGCCAGGGGGGCAGCCGUGGGUGACCGGAGCAUCCCAGGGAGUGCUACAGCCAGGGGGGCAGCCGGGGGUGACCGGAACACCCCAGGGAGUGCUACAGCCAGGGGGGCAGCCGGGGGUGACCGGAGCACCCCAGGGAGUGCUACAGCCAGGGGGGCAGCCGGUGGUGACCGGAGCAUCCCAGGGAGAGCAGCAACCAGGGGGGCAGCCGGGGGUGACCGGAGCGCCGCAGGGAGAGCAGCAGCCAGGGGGGCAGCCGGGGGUGGCCGGAGCACCUCAGAGAGAGCAGCAGCCAGGGGGGCAGCCGGGGGUGACAGGAGCACCCCAGAGAACACAGCAGCCAGGGGGGCAGCCGGGAGUGACCGGAGCACCCCAGAGAGAGCAGCAGCCGGGGGUGACCGGAGCACCCCAGAGAGAGCAGCAGCCAGGGGGGCAGUCGAUAGACGACCGGGAGCAGCAGUUGGAGGAGUGGUGCCGAAUUUCGGAGUUUGAUACCCCCAUGGCGACUGCGGAGGAGUCAGAGGCGGGCGGAGAACCUCCCAGGCCGCCUUCCCCAUGCCCCCGUUUUCCGUGUGACACGUGUUUUCACAUGUUUGCUACGCGAGGGGCUGCUGCGAACCACAUGAGGGUAUGCCGGGCGGCUGAGGCGGAGAGGCGCGCGCAGGCACUUGGCUCGAUACCGUCUCUGGUGGAGACCGACACGCAGGAGCGACCGACGCCGCGGGAAUUUGGGGACGAGGCGUGGGCCGGGGUUACGUCAUGGGAAUGGGAAGCAUUUUUCAGUGUGGAGGCGGUUGGAGGGAGGACACCGGGGGUGACCGGACCACCCCAAAGAGUGCUACAGCCAGGGGGGCAGCUGGGGGUGACCGGAGCACCCCAGGGAGUGCUACAGCCAGGGGGGCAGCCGUGGGUGACCGGAGCAUCCCAGGGAGUGCUACAGCCAGGGGGGCAGCCGGGGGUGACCGGAGCACCCCAGGGAGUGCUACAGCCAGGGGGGCAGCCGGGGGUGACCGGAGCACCCCAGGGAGUGCUACAGCCAGGGGGGCAGCCGGUGGUGACCGGAGCAUCCCAGGGAGAGCAGCAACCAGGGGGGCAGCCGGGGGUGACCGGAGCGCCGCAGGGAGAGCAGCAGCCAGGGGGGCAGCCGGGGGUGGCCGGAGCACCUCAGAGAGAGCAGCAGCCAGGGGGGCAGCCGGGGGUGACAGGAGCACCCCAGAGAACACAUCAGCCAGGGGGGCAGCCGGGAGUGACCGGAGCACCCCAGAGAGAGCAGCAGCUGGGGGUGACCGGAGCACCCCAGAGAGAGCAGCAGCCAGGGGGGCAGUCGAUAGACGACCGGGAGCAGCAGUUGGAGGAGUGGUGCCGAAUUUCGGAGUUUGAUACCCCCAUGGCGACUGCGGAGGAGUCAGAGGCGGGCGGAGAACCUCCCAGGCCGCCUUCCCCAUGCCCCCGUUUUCCGUGUGACACGUGUUUUCACAUGUUUGCUACGCGAGGGGCUGCUGCGAACCACAUGAGGGUAUGCCGGGCGGCUGAGGCGGAGAGGCGCGCGCAGGCACUUGGCUCGAUACCGUCUCUGGUGGAGACCGACACGCAGGAGCGACCGACGCCGCGGGAAUUUGGGGACGAGGCGUGGGCCGGGGUUACGUCAUGGGAAUGGGAAGCAUUUUUCAGUGUGGAGGCGGUUGGAGGGAGGACAGUGUGCCGGAUCCCACAGCGGGCCCGCCUUCGCUUCCCCCGCACGGAGCCUUCGCUUCCCCCGCGCGGAGCCUUCGCUUCCCCGCGCGGAGCCUUCGCUUCCCCCGCACGGAACUUGGGGAGGGAGGAGCGGGCAGUGAUGCUGGGCAGCUUCCCCGAGGACGAGGCGCGUCUGGGGGGGGACAGGCGGGGGAGGGAGGGGGAGAGGGAGGGCACGCGGGGGGGGGCCGGGGAGUGUUGGAGCGGAGUGAGAGCUACGACUCUCUGCUGUCAGACAUCAGCCGCGUCAGCUCCCUCGCUGAGAGGCGGAGGGGGAGGGGGAGGGGGAGUGGGAGGCGCGCUAGCCAUGCCCUUGCUCGUGGGCAUGGGCACGGGUGGCGGUGGUGCGAUGGAGGGUGCCUCGGGAGCGUACUGGGCGACGGAGGGGAGCAGCAGCAUGGGCGCCGGUGGUGCGUCGUCGGGUGCAUUCCUUGCAGUGCAAGGCAUGGGGGGCAGCAGCAGCCCCAUGGGCGGUCAGCAGCAGGGGGGGAUUUCCAGCAGCACGGGAGGGUAA